AUGCAGAGACCCAGUGGCCAGGGCGCUGCCUUCUCCAUUGACUCGCUGAUCGGGCACUCGCCGCCAGCCCCGCGCUCGGGCCCCCUGCUCUACACCGGCUACCCGAUGUUCAUGCCCUACCGGCCGCUGGUGCUCCCUCACGGGCCGAUACAGACGGCGGCGGGGCUGCCCCCGCUGGCGCCGCUGGCUUCCUUCGCCGGCCGCCUCACCAAUUCCUUCUGCGCCAGCCUCGGCCAGGCGGUCCCCUCCAUGGUGGCGCUCACCACGGCCCUGCCGAGCUUCGGCGAGCCCCCCGACGGCUUCUACCCAUCUCAAGAGCUGCCAGCCGCGGGGCGAGGGAACGCAGAGCCACCCUGCCGCCGGCGGAGCGCGACCGAGAACUUGGAGCGGGACGAGCUGCCCCCCAGCCGGGACAAAGGGCCCCCGGAGCCGCCCCUCCACUUUUCGGAACCCUUUCCUGGCAUGGCAGAGGGAAAAUCCUACAGUUCCGACGAGGAAAAGCUGGACCGGCGGCCCGGGGAGGCGGCGGGCAGCAGCGGCAGGGAAGAGGGCGCAGCCGCGGCGGCCUCCGCGGGCGGCGGCCCCGGCGUCGGGGCGCCCGCCUCGGCCGCGUCGUCAGGGCCGGGCAAGAGCCGGCGGCGGCGCACGGCCUUCACGAGCGAGCAGCUGCUGGAGCUGGAGAAGGAGUUCCACUGCAAGAAGUACCUGAGCCUGACCGAGCGCUCGCAGAUCGCGCACGCCCUGAAGCUCAGCGAGGUGCAGGUGAAGAUCUGGUUCCAGAACCGGCGCGCCAAGUGGAAGCGCAUCAAGGCGGGCAACGUCACCGGCCGCUCGGGCGAGCCCGUGCGGAACCCCAAGAUCGUGGUGCCCAUCCCGGUGCACGUCAACCGCUUCGCCGUGCGCAGCCAGCACCAGCAGCUGGAGCAGGGCCAGCGCCCGUGA